CCGGACCGGUCCGGUUUAAAACGAACCUUUUCUUUGAAGCUAACAGCCGAACCCGGCUGCUCCGGAGCGCGUGCAUGUGUGCCGCACCGUGCGGGAGGAAGAAGCGCCCCCGGUCCGCAGGGAGCAUCUUCCCUGUCGGCAGAGGCGCGCAGGCGGAGCUGGAGCGGCGGGAGAGCGCGGAGGCGGCGGUGGACGACAGCAGGAUGAGCGUCCAGGAGUUCAACACGCUGGUGGCUCUGUACCGGGAACAGGUCAUAUCUGUCGGGGAGAUGUCCGCCGACUGCCCGUCCCUGCGGGCUCAGAUGCACCAGACCCGGACCAAAGGAUGCUCCGUGGCCCGGGCCGCGCACCAGGACCUGGCUGUCCUCUCCGUGUCCGGGCCGGAGGACGGGCAGAUCCAUCCUGAGAUCUGUCGGCUCUUCAUCCAGCUGCAGUGCUGCCUGGAGAUGUUCGUCACUGAGAUGCUGAAGUCCAUGUGCCUGCUGGGGGUGCUGCAGCUCCACAGGAGAAGAACAGACUCGGAGCCGAGGGUGGACUUCAGGGUGGACGAGAGCUCAGACGUCCCGAUCCUGGAGGACCGGUCUUCGUCUCCCACCGACUUCCCUCAGGAGCAGUGGCUGGUGGGCUUGGACAUAGAAAACAUAGAAAGAGACAUGAGAGAGAUGAGAAAUUUACUCAGUAAACUCAGGGAGACGAUGCCGCUGCCGCUGAAGAAUCAAGACGACAGCAGCUUGUUAAAUCUGACCCCACACCCUGUGAACCGGCAGAGGAAGAGACGUUUCCCUGGACUCUGCUGUAUGGUCUCUGGCUGAGAGUGGGACCACCRUCAACAAACACAGGAAAGAACUUUUAUUUCAGAUUUGACACAUUCAGAAACUUUUGUUUGUUUUUAGAAUAUCUCAAAUUGUAAUCUGAGAUCAUCUGGGUCUGAUCCUGUUUUUUUGUUCUAAUCGUGCUGUUUGUUUUGACUCAGACUGCUUUGGUUCAGGUUGUUUUAGUGAACAGAGUUUUACUUUCUGUUUGGAGUUGAUUAUUUUCAGAUGUUUUUUAUUUUUCUCAGCACAUAAACACUGGCUGUUAGAGUUACAGUCAGAGCUGAAGCAAAUAUAACUGCUGCGUUAAAAACACAAGCAGAAAUUUAGAUUUAUUUAGAAAUGUCACAUCGAUUUAUUUUCUUCUUCUGUUUUUAUAUAAUUAAAACUAAUAAAUGUAAAUAUUCAGGCUAUGCACAGGCGUUCUCAUUUUCCUGCCUUCGUAUCUGACCAUGUCUCCAUGUAAAAAGUCAUAAAAGCAUCAUUCAGUGUUUCUCUGCUAAUCUGUGUGACGUGCAGCAUGUUGACCAAGAUAAUCCUCUACACCAGUGGUUCUCAAACUGUGGGUCACACCCUCCAUCGAGGGUGCUGAGUCAUGUCAUGGGGAGUGUCGAGUCAUAUUGAGGGAUGAGGGUGCAUUGUCAUGUUGCAGGGUUACUGUGUCAUGUCAGGUGGUGCAGUGUCAUUUUAAAGGAGUGCUGUGUCAUGUUGCAGUGUUACUGUGUCAUGUCAGAAAGGUGCUGGGUCAUGUUAGAGGAGUGCAAUGUCAUGUUAGAGGAGCGCAGUGUCAUGUUGGAAGAGUGCUGUGUCAUGUUGAAGGGUGCUGUGUCAUGUUGGAGGAGUGCUGUGUCAUGUUGAAGGGUGCUGUGUCAUGUUGAUGGGUGCUGUGUCAUGUUGAUGGGUGCUGUGUCAUGUUGAAGGGUGCUGUGUCAUGUUGGAGGGUGCUGUGUCAUGUUGGAGGAGUGCUGGGCCAUGUUGGAAGAGUGCUGUGUCAUGUUAGAGGAGUGCUGUGUCAUGUUGGAGAAGCGCUGUGUCAUGUUGGAGAAGUGCUGUGUCAUGUUGGAGAAGUGCUGUGUCAUGUUGAAGGGUGCUGUGUCAUGUUGAAGGGUGCCGUGUCAUGUUGGAGGAGUGCCAUGUCAUGUUGGAGGACUGCUGGGCUAUAUUGCAGGGUUACUGGGUCAUGUCAGGUGGUGCAGUGUCAUGUUGAAGAGUGCUGUGUCAUGUUAGAGGAGUACCGUGUCAUGUUAGAGGAGUGCCGUGUCAUGUUGGAGGAGUGCCAAGUCAUGUUGGAGGAGUGCCGUGUCAUGUUGGAGGAGUGCCAUGUCAUGUUGGAGGAGUGCCAUGUCAUGUUGCAGUAGUGCCGUGUCAUGUUGCAGUAGUGCCGUGUCAUGUUGCAGUAGUGCCGUGUCAUGUUGCUGGAGUGCCGUGUCAUGUUAGAAGAGUGCCAUGUCAUGUUAGAGGAGUGCCGUGUCAUAUUGGGGGGUGCCAUGUCAUUUUGGAGGAGUGCCGUGUCAUGUUGCAGGAGUGCCGUGUCAUGUUGCAGGAGUGCCGUGUCAUGUUGCAGGAUUGCCAUGUCAUGUUGGAGGAUUGCCGUGUCAUGUUGGAGGAUUGCCGUGUCAUGUUGGAGGAUUGCCGUUUCAUGUUGCAGGAGUGCCGUGUCAUGUUAGAGGAGUGCCGUGUCAUGUUGCAGGAGUGCCGUGUCAUGUUAAAGGAGUGCCAUGUCAUGUUGGAGGAGUGCCGUGUCAUGUUGGAGGAGUGCCGAGUCAUGUUGGAGGAGUGCCGAGUCAUGUUGGAGGAGUGCCGAGUCAUGUUGGAGGAGUGCCGUGUCAUGUUAGAGGAGUGCCGUGUCAUGUUAGAGGAGUGCCCUGUCAUGUUGCAGGAGUGCCGUGUCAUGUUGCAGGAGUGCUGUGUCAUGUCAGAGAGGCGCUGGGUCAUAUUGAAGGGUGCUGUGUCAUGUUGAAGGGUGCUGUGUCAUGUUGAAGGGUGCUGUGUCAUGUUGCAGGAGUGCUGUGUCAUGUUGCAGGAGUGCUGUGUCAUGUCAGAGAGGCGCUGGGUCAUGUUGAAGGGUGCUGUGUCAUGUUGAUGGGUGCUGUGUCAUGUUGAAGGGUGCUGUGUCAUGUUGAAGGGUGCUGUGUCAUGUUGAUGGGUGCUGUGUCAUGUUAGGGGGACAAUCUGUCAUUAUGGCAGAGUGCUGACUCACUCCAGAGGAAGAACCACUGCUCCACAUUUUGGUGCCAAAAACGCUCCUAGAUGUAGAACCGUUUUCUAAAAUAAAAAUAAAAUAUUUAAAGGUGAUUCAGCAAAAAAAAAAUCGAUUUAAACCUCGCAUCUCAGUUAAAACCUUUAAUUUUUGUUGGAUGUUGUUGGUUUUACUCAGAAUUGUUGAAUUUUUGCCGAAGUAUCUCUUACAAUCUUUGCUUUAACACAAGUUAGAGCUUGKUUUUCAAACAAAUUAUGCAGAAUUUAUCUCCAUCAGCAUGAAGCAAAGCUGUUACUUUAGCUGCUUUUUCAAUGAAAGGAUGCAAACGUCACAGUAAAACAUAAAAACACCAUUUAGAGAAAAUAAAGKAACAUAUGACAAUAAAACAAUAAUUUAAUGCCACAUGGUAGAAUUCUAUUUCCUCUUGUAAUCUGACUUUAUAAUCGUGCUCAGCCACGACAGAUGGGCGAUCAUGUACCUGCUUCUGUGUGUGUUUGUGUCUGUUAGCAAAAUAUCUCACAGAACAAGAGGCAGUUUUUAAAACGAAGCUUUCAGGAGGUGGUGAUUAGACGUUGGUGCAGUUCAAGAUGGCCGCCACAGCUAGCUGAUCGUUUCAAGCACAAAAAUAACAACUCGGUCAGUUUUAACAGAAGAUGUGGAGCUAAAGUUCGGCGUGUUAGCAGCUGAGAGCUAGCUGAGUGCUAACAUGCAUUUUCAUACUGUAUAAAGAAGGUUGCAUUCCUCCUUUAAUAAACUUUCUUUUCUGGCAGAAAGUUUAAAACUUGUUAAAUAUUUUUGAACUCAGCCGAGUCCCUGAAGGGAAAAAAAUACAAAUCUGAAAUUUCAGCUGUUUUAAAAAAAGAAAAGAAAGAAAUCAAACAGAAACAAACAGAAAACCUAAAAUAAAGUCUUGUUGGAUUCUUACAUGAAUCUGGAGCUCUGAAUGUAAAUGUCAUGUAAUUUAAAUGUAAUUUAAAUGUAAUUUAAAAGUAUAAAUGAAUGUUUAUUUUAGUGUAAGCUGUGGAUGUUGAAGCUGUUUUGUGUUUGGUCCAAACGGACCGUGUGUCGUCCUGCACAGCUGAUCUCUACACAACGUUUUAUAACUCCAAUAAAGUUUGAUAUAAAACCGU